GUCUUGACAUAAUGACAGCUGGUUUUUUUAGAGGGAGCAUCUUGACAGUGUGUUUGCUCGCAUCAUAUAUAUAAAUGGAAGCGAGGUUGCAGUUUGAUGGAGUAUAAGGCAUACAAACCUCCGUUCAGGCGGUUAAUUAUUAGGUGGCGGGCAGCCGGGCAACACAUAUCAUCAUAGCUACUAGUAGGCUAAGGCUAAAGAUCAUCGGCGGCGAUGGCAACCAACGCUUCGUCUCGCGCCGCGGUACUGCUCUUUGCGGUGUACGCGUCGCUGGCAUCGGCAACGACGACGUACACCGUCGGCGGCGUGCACAGCUGGAUGACCGGCGUCGACUAUGCUGACUGGGCCAGCGGCAAGACGUUCGCCGUCGGAGACAAACUAUUGUUCAGCUACGUGAGGACGGAUCACACCGUGACCAAGGUGAGCAGGAGCGAGUACGACGCCUGCUCCGGCAGCGACGCGACGAGCGAGGACAACAGCAGCGGCUUGACCACCGUGACGCUCGCGACCCCCGGCAUGCACUACUUCAUCUGCACCACCCCCGACCACUGCGCCGGCGGCAUGAAGCUCGCCGUCAACGUCUCGGCCACCACGACGGCCUCAUCUGGCAGCGGCGGCGGCCUGGAAGUGACAGCAGGCGCCAACGCUGGUGGCGGAUUGCUGGUUCCAGUUCCAGUGAUGGCUUCCGUCGCCGCCGCCGCCGCAACGGGGGCUCUACGCUCUAGUAAUCGAGCUUGGGCUGCUGUGACGGAUCGAGCGCAGCCGCCAGCCGCGUACGCCGACGGCGACUCAGCAUCAGCAUGUCAGGGCACAGACACAGUUCAUCUGUUCAUGAGUCGUACUCCUAUACUUGUAUAAAAUAUAAAAUAGUAUAAUACAGUAGUAUGUAAUUGUCCACAUCUCUGCUAUACGUUUUCUGGCGAUUGUCCACUCCUGCA